AGGAAGAAGUCACUCCGUCUGACGGUGGAUUGACAUCUGGGUCCAGGAAUGGCUCAGUCUCCAGGUCCUGAUCUCACCGUCGUGCUGAUGGGACGCAGCGGAGUGGGAAAGAGCGCUUCUGGUAACACGAUUUUAGGACGAGCAGCGUUUGAGUUGAGUGCAGCGUGGGGACCGGUGACGAUGACAAUCCAAGAGAAAACAGGAACCAUUUUAGGAAAGCUGAUCCGAGUGAUCGACACUCCGGGAAUUGUCAAAUCAAAAGAGGAACUGAAAACCUUCUGCCAGGGUCUCCUGCAGUCCUCCACCCCUCUGCUGUUCCUGGUGCUGGUUACAACUAGUCGUUUCACAGAUCAGGAAGAGGAGGCUGUGCAGGCAGCCAUCACAGUCCUUGGCGAUGAAGGUCUGGCAAACAGCUUUCUGCUCUUCACAGGUGGAGAUGAGCUGAACGUGUCACUGCAGGAUCACAUCAGCCAGUCUAAGAGAAGCCCGCUCCAAGACGUCGUUAAGAAGUUUGGGGACAGGUAUCAUCUGUUCAACAAUGAAGCGCCUGAAGACGAGGGGCAAGUGGGAGAGCUGCUGAGCAAGGCCGAACGCCACAGGACGCGCAAGCUGCUGGGAUUCAAAGCAGAAGGUGUCUCCAUCGUCCUGCUGGGAAACACCGCUGUGGGGAAAAGCGCUUCUGCAAACACCAUCUUAGGCCGAGCGGCGUUCGAGUCGAGGGCUUCCCUCAAAGCGGUGACGACAGGAAUCGGAGAGGAAACGGGACAGAGGUUUGGGAAGCGGAUCACAGUGAUCGACACUCCGGGACUUUUAGGAUCAGAGGAGCUGAUUGAAAAGUUCUACCUGGCUGAUCGUCUCAUGGCGUCUCUCACACUGGUGGACAGGAGAAUCAUUCUGAUUGGUCUGUCUGGAGGAGGGCGGAGCUCAGCAGGAAACACCAUCCUGGGAUCGGAGCGGUUCCCGACAGGAUGUGGGUUUGAACCGGUCCCAGCUGAGGUGGUCUCUGGGUCAGCAGCAGUGGAGGACUGUUGGAUCACCGUGGUCGACACUCCAGGAUUCACAGCCAGAGACUCGGAUGAAGAUCAGCUGGCAAAACGACUCAGGAUGAUUAUAAAACAGUCUGAUCCAGGACCUCACGCCGUGGUGUUCGUGGUCAGGAUAGGCAGGAUGUCCAGGGAAGACUCUGCGCUCCUCGCCGCUCUCAGAAAGAUGUUUUCUGUUUGUUCUGGUAACUACUCCAUGGUGCUCUUCACCCACGGAGACGAGCUGAGAGGUCGGUCCAUCGAUCAGAUGAUCCAGUCUAACAGCUGUGUGUCUGAACUGGUCUCCAUGAGUCCUGGCAGAUUCUGUGUGUUUGACAAUAAUCAGAAAGGAAACAGAAAGCAGGUCAGAGAGUUCCUCCGUCAUGUAGAGAACAUCAUCUCAGAGAACAGAGGAGAACACGUGGACCUAGAUGUACGGUCUACGGGAAUAAACUGGCUGAGUGAGGAAAGGGAGGAAAUGGAGAGAAGGCACAUGCGCAUGCACACGUGGAUGGACUUGGACAUGUGCAUGAUGCCCAGAACGACUGUACAGAUCUGCUGUGGGUGUUUUUGCAGCACAACCAGCCGCCUGGACAAACUCUUCAAAGAGCUGAAUGUCUGACUGUGAUUGGUGGAUGUUGGAGGCGUCUGAGGAAAUAAAAACCUGAUGGACUUUGUCUGCUUCCUGUUCAGGAUCAGCAGUUUUCUGAAACAUGAUUGGCCCUCUGUACUGUAACUUUUACUCCAGUCCAGUUUCACAGUACUUGUACUUUGUGUAAAACAAACAUACUUCAAACACUUUCCAUCUGGAUUGUUUGCAUUGAGAUCAGCUGACACAUUAAAGUACAGAGACAUGAAUGAA